AUGUUUUUUGUGCCACGAAGACACUGGGAGCAGUACGUAAAAAUCCCUUCCGUCUCCGAUCCUCUUCCUCAAACAGAAACUUACAGGAAUGACAUUCAAACAGUUAAUCUUCCUAAAGGUGCUGAUGGUAUCCCAUAUGCAGAAAUAGAAGUAAUACGAAGAGACUGUGGGCAGCUCUGCAAUACUUCGCGACCCGGUACACCAGGACCGUAUUUCGACCAUAUUACAGCACCAAUAAACUGUGUUGCAAUCUUUAAAAAUGAAUACAUUGAUAAAGGGCAUGGUUUGAAGGUAGCUCCAAAAAAGAUUCCAGAAAGACUUCUUAAGGAUUUUACAAUGAAUUUUCGACUGCCAGUAUCAGAUUAUUACUUCGACAGUCCAUAUUUCAAUGCAAAGAGUAGAACACCAAUAUGGACAAAAGAAAGUGUAAAUCAACAGGUCUCUCUAGCAAGGAGAGGAGUUUUAGGUGGAAAUUAUGGCAGUUCUGAAACUAACGCGUUAAGAGAUGGAUUACAGCAUGCUCCUGGCGUCAAAGGUGGGCGUGUCUUAGUCAUAGGGUCUGAGAACCCAUGGGUUGAGGCAUGCGUAUUGGAAGCCGGCGCGAAGGAAGUUGUUACUCUUGAAUAUGGAGAAAUUAAAUCCCUGCAUCCGCAAAUUAAAACUUACAUUCCUAGAGAAUUUAGGAGAGCUUUUCUAAACAAGACACUUGGUGAAUUUGACGCUGUGGUAACAUUUAGCUCUGUUGAACACUCUGGUCUAGGUAGGUAUGGCGAUGGCAUUAAUCCUUGGGGAGAUAUCAUUGCAAUCGCAAGGGCAUGGUGUGUGACUAAAACAGGUGGAUCGCUAACAAUUGGAGUAAUGUAUGAUAAUGAAAAAGAUUAUAUCAGAUACAAUGCCGGACGAUGGUAUGGGAAAAUUAGAUACCCGUAUCUCGCCACCAACUGGAAACAACACUACAGAGGACGUGGAAUUCAAAGAGUUCAUGUGUUCAUAAAACCAUAA